CUGAAGAUGGCUUAUAUACAAUGCCAGUGCCUUUCAGGUUGACAACACUUAAAAGAUAAAAGACCAUCCACCAGCUGUGUUCACCACUUCAGAAGUUUUACCGCAGUCAUAAUUAUGAAACUACUAGCCAUAGCGUCAUGCUCCCUGCUUCUAUUAAUUUCACACAACACAUCUGCACAGACCAUAGGAAAUUUGCCCACAGAAGGUAGCAGUGCAACUAACAUUUCAGAUGAUGGUCUCACCGAUAAAAAUGGUUCUGAUGAUGCCAUAGACUACUCAGACUCAACAACAGAUAUAAACAACGAAGGGGAUUUGGGUGCUGACGAUUAUGACAGUAGUGAUAGCGAGGAUGGUGAGGAGGAAGAAUACGAUAAUAAUGAAAAUAAUGAAGGUGAAGAUAUAGAAGAUGCUACAGAACUGGUAGUGGAUGUUGCAACAGAAGGUUCAGAGCCAUAUGAUGAGUAUGUCCACAAGAAUGCAACCAUGGAGCAUAGCAAUCUUUUACUAUCAUCUACGUUAAAAGGUUUAUCAUCAUUACCAGAGGCAAUGUCAACAAAUGCAGCAAUGAAAGGUGAACUUUCAGCUGAUGCUGAGACCACGCAAACAUCUCAAGAUAGAAACCCAUCACAGACAUCAUCGUCAGAAAACAUCUGGUCGUCACCACCACCUGGCAAGUCAGUCAGCACACAAGGGGACACAAAGAGCCAGCACGUGGAAACCAACAUUUCCGAAGAGCAGCAAAAAGCACAAUCAACACAUAAGGCAGAAAACACUUCUCCCAAACAGCAGCCAACCCAGCCAUCAAAGACUCAAAUCACAAGUACCAUUCCUGUCCAUCCAACAACAUCAGUUGGCAAGAGGAUCACUAACACCUUUGCAACACUCAUCAAGAGCCAUAUGGAGGUGGGAACAGAAAAACUGACAACCACAGUCAUUCCAGCUGUGCGACAGCCUGUAAACAAAGGCAAAAGACCUGUUCAGAAAAGAACAACUCAGACAAGCCCCAAGAAAGUUAAGCCCAUGCCUCUACGGGCAGUGGAGUCUAACCUGCAGGUCUCAGAUGCUGCUGCAAAAUCCAACAAAAGUGACAACAGACCAGCCAAAGGCAACAAUAAGUCCAAAAAUCAGAAUGCCAAUAGUAACCCUGGUCCACCUGGUCCAAAAGGUCCACCUGGUCCACAAGGUCCGCCUGGUCCACAAGGCAGCCCAGGUGCACCAGGUGAGUGUAAAUGUGAAGAUUCUGGAUCAGGCAUGCGGAUGCAGGCAGCUGUGUCAGCAGUGCUAACCAAACAUUUUGGGCCAGAUAAAGACAUCAUUGUGCCCUUUGAUCUGGAGCUGACUGACUUGGCUGACAACUAUGACAACACAUCUGGCAUCUUCUUUUGCAGCAUCCCUGGCACCUACGUCAUCUCCUUAUAUCUCAUGUCCCACCCUGGCUCUAAGGUUAAUGCUCGCAUUUUUGUCAACAGCCGACCUGUGGCAGCCCUCUGGGCGGAUGACAACAAAAAUGCUGGGUUUUAUCCUUCAUCUAGCAUCCAAACAAUUAGUCGGUUAGAGUUUGGUGAUCAGGUUUAUGUGAUGUUGGUAGAUGGUGGUUAUGGGGAUAGCUGGGUUCAUGCAAACUACAAUGUGUUCACAGUCUUUCUCCUAUAUGAGGACAUGUUUGCACGCUAGUGUAACAAACAAUUUUUGGUCAGUUGCAGCAGAAAAUAUCAAAAUGUGCCUUUUGGGGAAAAAAACUAACUCUUUAUCUUCUGCUUACAACUCUGACAUGAUUUCCACUUAAAUGAUUACUUAAGAGUCACAUUUCUGCUGACAAGAACAUUGGACUUUAUUAUUUGGUUAAUGGGUUCCUUUCUCUGCUGCCACAAAACAGUAAGCUUGUCUUUACAGAAUAAAGUGACAUUUUCAGUAAUGUCAUGGCUGUAAGUCUGAAUAUUUACUGAUCCGAAAAGUCAAAAUUGCCUUUUUCAAGAAGACAGUUAAUACCACACAAUUCAUUUUCUUGUGUAUACUACAUGUUUCAAAGCUUACUCAUUUGUUAAUAUUAUAUAUAUUAAGUACCUAAGCUCCAGGCAUUUUUUUAAAAGUUUUUUUGCCUGACUUCAUAUUUUCAUCUUGUAUGACCUAUGUAGCAGAAUAAUGCUUAUACAUGCAUGUUUAAAACAAUCACCUUUUUUUGUUUUGCUGUAUGACAACAGCACUAUAAGUGUACAUGACAUUUUAAAAUGUGUUUAAAAAGCUCUAAAACAGAAUAUUAAAGUUAAAUAUACCUCUGAUUUGUUUGUUGGUUUUUUUUUAAGUCAAAUAAACUCAAAAGUGAAAAUGAUAAAUGGAAAAAUGUACACUUGGAAAUCCUAAGAAAAUCUAUGUACUCUCCAAAUCCCAAAUGUUAAAGUACAUUUUAUUUACAAAUGGAGUGGUUUCUUCUUCAUCACAAAAAGUACUAAUUCCUUAUUCAGAUAUGUUUUAAAGUUUCAGAGAAAUAUUCAGAAAUAAACUUCCCGUAAUACUGUAGCGUGGUAAAAAUGGUUUCUAGGGCAAAAUGCCCUUCAACUAGGCAGCUAAAUGUGAAAACAGAAAGCAAUUUGUCCAAGAGUUAUCUGUAACCUGUAUAAUAUCCUGAUUUCAUGAUCUAAGGUUUAUCCUGCCUUAUUUCACUCUGCAUGUUUUAUUUUACCAUAACCUGUAUAACAUCAAAUACAUGUAUGUAUAUUCUGCAUAAAAUUCAUUUAUACGAGAAUUAAAGUUUUUUUUUUCCUUUCUUUUAUGCCUUCAUCCUUUCUACAACAUCUCAUAUUUUGAUCUUCAAAAUGUGUACAUGAACGUGCAUGCAUAAAUGCAUGAGCACAUAAAAACAUACUAUACAUAUUUCAGCCACUUAAUUUCAACUGGAUCGCGAGUUAAUGCAAACAGGUCUUCUGUGAAGUCUUCUUUUAAUCCUUAUUCACUCAGAAGCUUCACUAGAUCACUGUGACAAGCACAGAGAGGUAGACUAAGAUCUCUGUUACAGGUACAUUUGGCUCAGCCAAGUCUCUUAUGUUGGACAAGUAACAAAGAAUAGCAUAGCACACACAUAAAACUGUGGCACUGCACUGGUUCAAAGGAUCCCAGCAUGCUGACCAAGCUAACUGUUUACAACAAGCCUGGCUGAGGUAUGGCUGGUUAAGAAGGGCUUUAAAUAACAUUCA